AUGCCCGACUUCACGACUGAGUCUAAGACGGCCACUGAGCAUUAUUUCCGACCGAGCAAAUCUCCAGCAAAAGAGACAAUGGAUGGAGACGGAGUCGCAGGAAGCGAACAAACCGUAGUGGAAAAGGCACCCUCCGGGAUCGCAGCGCCGAAGCAGGACGAGGAUGACGAGUCGCGAUAUCCGGCUGGGCCCCAAUUCUGGCUCGUCCUUGUCUCGCUGUGUCUUUCCGUCUUUCUCGUCGCUCUGGACCAGACCAUCAUCGCGCCUGCUCUGGGGGCCAUCACGACCGAGUACGGUUCAACCAAGGAUAUAGGGUGGUACGGCUCCGCAUAUAUGUUAACCAUGACUGCACUGCAGCCCAUGUACGGCAACAUAUACCGCUUGUUCAAUAUCAAGUUGACUUUUCUGGGCGCCAUCGCCCUGUUCGAGCUAGGCAGCCUGGUCACGGCCGUCGCGCCUACGUCUGUGGCCUUUAUCGUCGGACGUGCCAUUGCUGGCUUGGGCACCGCCGGCAUCUUUUCCGGCUCCAUGGUCAUCCUUAGCUACACAAUGCCUCUUAGAAGGCGCCCCGCUAUGUUUGGAGUCUUCGGUGGUUUGUGGGGAGUCUCUUCCGUUGUCGGUCCGUUGUUAGGAGGCGCCUUCACGGAUAAAGUCACCUGGCGCUGGUGCUUCUACAUCAACUUGCCUAUUGGCGGUAUAGCUAUGCUGGCAAUAUUCUGGUUUUUGCGCAUCUCGCGCCCCGAUAACCCGGACGGCGAGUCCUACAUGGCUAGGAUCCUACAGCUUGACUUGAUGGGCGCAGCUAUUUUGAUACCGGCCAUUAUCAUGAUUAUCGGCCUUUUAGUCGGGGCUGGCGUUGCCGCCAUCGCCUUCACCGGCAUAGAGACUUGGCAGCAGGACAAAAGCCUUCUGCCCCCGCAGUUCUUUAAGAAGCGCAAUGUUCUCUUGGCCAUGUUGUUCGCGCUGUUCGUCGGCGCUUACUUCUUCCCUAUGGUAUACUAUCUCGCCUUAUAUUUCCAAGCCGUGCAGGGCGAUACGGCCAUAGAGGCUGGGAUCAAGCUCUUGCCCUUUCUGAUCUCCGUCGUCAUCAGCUCAAUAAUUUGCGGCGCCUUGAUCACGGCCUUCGGAUACUACAACCCUGUCAUUCUUUUCGAGGCAGCCAUACUCACAGCUGGCGCCGGGUUGAUCACGACCUUUUGGCUGGACACCCCCUUCAGCCAAUGGUUCGGGUACCAGGUGCUCGCGGGACUGGGCACCGGCGUCUUGUUCCAGGCGGGAAUUAUUGUUGUGCAAAACAUGCUGCCGCUGGAACUGAUCCCGCAAGCCACGGCGUGCGUCCAGUUCUUCCAGUCGUUCGGCGGUGCUAUAUUCAUCGCUCUGGCGCAGACCGUCUUUCAGAACGGGCUCAUUGAUAACUUGAAACGCGACGCACCCGAAAUUGAUCCCAUCAUAAUCCUCAAUAGCGGAGCCUCGGACAUCCGGAAGAUCCUGGUGCAGAUGGGCCGGGAGGAUAUUGUUGAGGCCGUUCUGGGCGCAUACACCCUGGGUCUGCGGAAUACCUACUAUGUAAGCGCGGCGGCGGCAGGUUGUAUCUUCCUCAUAAGUUGGGGAUUCGAGUGGAAGAGGAUCCAAAAGACGGGUGAGGAUAAGGACAAGGAGGCGGCCGCGGUGGUUGUGGAGAGGAAUGCCACAUCGGAUGGGGAUGCCACCCAGGUCGACAAAAGUUCGGCGUGA